AUGGUCCCUCUCAGACCGGGCGAUUCCUCACAUGAUAAUGAAUACAAUGAGGACCCAGAAGCGUUCGCCAAGCGAUGUGAAGAAGAAUAUGGUUCAAUGUUCAACAUACAUCUGUUCGGUUCGCCUUACACCGUCGUCUCUGAACCUUAUAUCCGCGAAGUUUGCACUUCUGGGGCCUUCUCUCAUCUUGAAGCAUUUGAUGAGAGCAGUCAAGUCAUUGAGGUAUUUAUGACUGCCACUAUGGAAUUUGGACAGUUGAUUGACAUUAACACUCCACACUCGAAGUGGCACACACUUGCACUUCGAUUCCAUCACAAAUCCCUCUACAACCCACUCCGGAAGCAUCUCCAAGUCCUGAUCGAUGCUUCUAUGCCUGUUAUUCUUGAACGCCGUCGACUUGAAGCUCUGGCGAGCGAGGCUGGUGUUGAAUGGGAACGACCUAAUGAUAUCCUUCAGCAUUUGCUUGAUGACGCCGACAAGUAUGAGUUCGUCGACCUGGAAGACGUUUGCGCUCAUAUACUUAUUCUUAUUAUCAUAAGUGUCCAUACGACAGCAGACGCCGCCAACAGUAUGCUCUACUACAUGGCGGCAUUUCCACACUCCAUGGACAAGUUAUUCGAAGAGCAGCAGCAGAUCCUCAAUGAUAUUCAACCCAUCAAUGACCAUUUGGACCCUGCACAUGACAGAGACCUGCCAGUAGCCGCGGUCAAGAAGAUGGUUCAUUUGGAUUCCUUUAUACGAGAAAUGUUUAGAUUUCGCAUUGAGCCUUUGUCUGUGACUGUAAAUCAACGUGCGCUCAAGGAUUAUAUCUUUUCAAAUGGUGUUAAGAUUCCCAAGGGCGCAAAGGUUAUUAUCAAUACGAGAUCUGGUCAUACAGGCCCUGAAGUAGGUGAGGAUGCGACAGAGUUUAGGCCAUGGCGGUUCGUCGACAAACCUAAAGCUGCGGUCAAAGUUGGGCCUGAUUUCCUGCCCUUUGGCCUGGGAAGGCACGCUUGUCCAGGACGAUUCAUGGCUAUAAUGGAGAUAAAAAUCAUCGGUGCCUUAAUAGUUACCAAGUUCUUCAAGAUAGAAAUGCAAGAUCCUUCCAAGACAAAGAUGGCUCUUCAUGCCCGUCUUGGCGAGCCUAUCCCCAACGGGUUGAAACUCUUUAUUCGCUAAUAGAUGGGUAGCUCACCGUGAACCACUUGAUAUCUCCCAAACAGUUUAUUCUUACCCUUACAUGAUAC